CACAGAACUAAUUACAUUAUGAACUAACAUGAACCACCUGAUUUAUUCCACCAACGCCUAAAAUCAUAAGCUGGUAAUUUUAAGAGGUUAUUAUAAAUUGGAACGUUACUGUUGGGGCUACUUCCGUGAAGUCCUUCGAUGAGUUUUCUUUUUGGAACCAGAAAAACACCUGAAGAGCAGCUAAGAGAUAGCAAACGAACUAUUACAAGAACACUUAGAGAGAUAGAUAGAGAAAAAACUCAGUUGGAGAGGGAACGCGUUCGAAUAACAAAUGAAAUUCGUGCGUUGGCAAAGCGUGGUCAGAUUGAUGCCGUCAAGGUAAUGGCGAAGCAGUUAGUUCGAACAGAGAGUUACAUCAAAAAGUUUUCCUUGAUGCACUCAAAUAUUACAGCGUUAUCAAUGAAAAUUCAGACUUUAAAAUCAACCGCCACGAUGGCUUCAGCUAUGAAACAGGUUGCGCUAACGAUGAGAAAAAUGAAUUCAACUAUGCAAUUACCUCAGUUCCAAAAGAUUAUGAUGGAGUUCGAAAAACAAACCGAAACGAUGGAAAUGAAACAAGAUAUGAUGUCAGAUGUAAUAGAUGAUGCCAUUGGAGAUCAGGAUGACAUUGAAGAUUCCGAAACUGUUGUGAAUAAGGUUUUAGAAGAACUUGGCAUCGAUCUUAAUGCACAGUUGAGUAAUCUCCCAACAGCUAAGGAUACUAUUGGAAGUACAGUUUCAAGUGCAGUUCGACCUCAUGCAGUCGCUACUGAUCCUACUCCAGUAACUGGACCUGGGCCUAAUUCUGAUUCGGUUGAUCCUAUUGAUGAAAAUAAUUUGGAAGCUCGUUUAGAACGUCUCAAAAGAAAGUAAAACCUUAAUUCACUUGUGCGUGCACGUCGAUUUUCAGUUUUAACGUCUAUACCACCCCAUGUUUAUAUAAACAUAUAUCACAAUCCAGCAUAAUAAUGCUUUAAACUUAACUAUCAUAUGGAUAAUAUUUUUGGAUUUUUUGCUUCCUUAUGCUACCAAACUAUUGAGAAUAAUUUUUUUAUAAAGAAACUGUUUGAUGUUCUAUAAUGCAAAUCUCUACAGUUUGCAAUCUAAAAGUAUUCUUAAUAAAAGAUUUUUGUUACU